AUGGACUUCAACGGAAGUCUGGCUCUAAACAUCAUCUUUGCUUUGACCGUAGGACUGGUUUUGAGACAACUCACGAAACGGAGGGACUCGGAAUCAACCUCGAGAACGGAUGAUGCGUCUGCAGAAGAGAAUGAGGCGUCAAGGAGGGACUCGGAGCCAACCUCGAGAACGGAUGAUGCGGCUGCAGAAGAGAAUGAGGCGUUAAGGAGGGACUCGGAGUCAACCUCAAGAACGGACCAUGAGUCUGGAGAAGAGAAUGAGGGGGUUUUGAGACAACUCACGAAACGGAGGAACUCGGAAUCAACCUCGAGAACGGAUGAUGCGUCUGCAGAAGAGAAUGAGGCGUCGAGGAGGGACUCGAGCCAACCUCGAGAACGGAUGAUGCGUCUGCAGAAGAGAAUGAGGCGUUAA